CCUGCUGAUAAAGCCCCAAUGCCUGUUUCAGUUUGGAAAUGGAACAGAAUAAAACAGUGGUUUCAAAAUGAAGAAAGCUUCUCCCGGUUUCCUUUACAGGCCUUCAGCACAAAAACAGAAGACGACGGCGAGCAGUGACAGUGGACAGAUUAAGGCGGACGUCUCUUCAGCUGAAGGGGAGGCUGCACAGCAGGAAGGAGCCAUGGAGCCACCAGAGGACAAGGAGGGCCGUACCUUUGUAGAGGUGAUCAGUGAAAAGUAUAGCCCAGAGAACUUCCCGUACCGCAGAGGGCCUGGUAUGGGUGUGGUGGUGGUGUCCACUGGAGGUCCUCAAGGUUCCCCAAUGAAAGACCGUUUGAACCUGCCCAGCGUGCUGGUGUUGAAUAGCUGUGGGAUCAGCAGGUCAGGAGACCAGGCUGAGAUCGCCGCCUUCUGUGCUCAUGUCAUGGAGCUGGAUCUGUCUCACAACAAGCUGCAGGACUGGCAUGAGAUCAGUAAAAUUGUAUCUAACAUUCCCAAUCUGGAGUUCCUCAACCUGAGCUCCAACCCCCUGGCAGGAAUGACCCUUGAGCCACGGUGGGCUGAAGCCUUCUCCAGUGUCCGACGCCUCGUCCUCAACAACACUCAGGUGUCCUGGGACACCGUGAUACUGCUCACUCGGGAGAUACCGGAGUUGGAGGAGCUGUUCCUGUGCCAUAAUGAGUACAGUAGCGUGAGUCCCUCCAGUGUGGCCUGCCCCACCCUGCGCCUGCUUCAUAUCACCGACAAUAGCCUCAAGGAGUGGGCCGAGGUCCGCAAGUUUGGCACCAUGUUUCCCUGCCUGGACACUCUGGUUAUGGCAAACAACAACUUGUCCUCCAUUCAGGACAGCAAGGAUAUCCUGCAAAGGCUGUUCCCCAGAUUACGCAGCAUCAACCUGCACAACUCAGGUCUAAACCAAUGGGAAGACAUAGAGAAGCUGAAUUUCUUCCCCAAGUUGGAGGAGGUCCGCCUGCAGGGUAUUCCCUUACUGCAGGCCUACACCAACGCAGAGCGACGUAGCCUCAUGAUAGCACAGCUUCCCUCGAUAUCACUGCUAAAUGGCAGUGUUGUAACUGACAGUGAGAGAGAAGACGCAGAGAGAUUCUUCAUACGAUACUACUUAGACUACCCUGAAGAGGAGCUGCCUUAUAGAUACCAUUCCCUUGUCAACAAGUAUGGCAAGCUUGAACCACUUGCUGAGAUUGACCUCCGACCUCGCUGCCGUGCCCAGGUGGAGGUUCACUGUGAGGAAAAAGUAGAACAGUUAUACUGGACGUUGCGGUCCAUUGUGAAUCACUUUAGUAAAUCAUGUCUGAGUACUUUGCCCUUAAUACUCAAACACUACAUUUAGAAGUAGAUGGACUUAGUAAAAGAUUUUCUUAAGACUGAGUUUACCAUAAAACCAGUACUCUAAGGAAGUUUUAAUAUUACUAUAAGCACCAGUUUAUCUAACAUAUCAUGGAAUACCAAUUUUGUUAUGAUAACAUCUUCAGUGAUUACAAAAUAAAAUAUUGCUGUGAAGGCACAUGGAGUUCAAUUAUUUUACUCAGGGAUACUUAAACCUAUCAAUGAUUUGAUCAGUACGAAUAUAUAGUGUACACUCAAGGUGUGUUCAAGCCCACAAAGCCUUAAACAAUACACAUUUACAUUUCAUGGCAGAUGCUAAAUUUCCCAAAGAUAGCACAUAUAUCAGACACAAUUUUGGUAAAAUAUCUAUUAAAGUAUGCUCAGGUCAUACUUUCAUUUCUAGGGUCUUGGAUUUUUUUUAAUCCCAACAGUUAAUUUGUGCAAAAAUUAAAUAAAUAAAACAAAAUAAAUAAAUAAAACAAAAUAAAUAAAUAAAAAUUAAAUAAAUAAAAAUUAAAACAGCGCAAAUUAAUCCCAACAGUUAAUUUGCGCUUUAAAGCUGCUCCAAUCAGUUUUAUCUUAACAAUAAAUCAUGUAUGUAAUGUAAAGGGAGUUGCUUGUAGUAACAAACCAUCAGAGAUCAUUUUUACUUGCCUGUGCAGCUCAUUCUUCUAGUUUACUGUGUGCAGCUUCAGUGUUUAGGUUCAUUCUCACUGCUGUCACUGUCCUUAUCUUCAGCUCAAACUAGAAACUCUAUUAAAACAACUUUUAAAUACUGGCCCAGCAUUAAUACACAGUCAGUUACUGAUUAGGUGUUAGUAUACUCGAGUAUUUAGAAACUAUAGAACCAGUUUUUUUUUUUCUCUUCUCAAGGGGUCAGUCUCACAGAGAUGGCUCUAACUCGGCUAAAUCACAGUCAUAGCUUUUGCUGAACACAUAUCCUGGUCCAGAGCAGGUUAUGUUCACUGAUUCAUUUAUUUACAGUAUGCUUAAAUGUGAUAUAGAUUCUGUGAUAAAGGAAUACGCUUUAUAUAUCCAACUUGUUAAGCCAUAUCUUACUAAAACCACUGACUGAAGCCCACCUGUAAAGUUACAGCAGUGCAAACUGAGCAUCUCCUUCUCACUGGAAUGUGCUUGAUCCUAAUGCUAAAUAAUUAAUCCUAAAUCUACAGGCUUGGAUUGCCAUUAGAGCUCAGAUGUGAAAACUGACCAGUUACAUCUGUAGGGUCGAUUAUUGCCAGUAAUUUUAAAUCAUUAAAAUAAAUUUUGCUUUUAUCUGGUGAUAAUCUAUAGCAGUUUUUUUUUAGGCUAUGGGAGAGUGUCAGAACACAGAGAGGACUUUAAUGUGUAUCAGAGGUUUCAGAGCUCUCUCGUGCAGCUGUCAUGUCACAGAUAAACAGCAGCAGGGAGAGCGCACAGAGUGGUAAAAUGAAUAUAUCCUGAUAAUAUUUUUCUUUCCACUUGGUGUGCUUUUAAAGAUCAAAUCACAGGAUUAAUUAAAAAACAGUGGAAUAGACAAAAAUGAUAAUUCUUAAAAUUAUUUUGUCAUAAUUAUGCUCUGCAAGCAUACUCUUGGGGCUGAUCUAUGCUUCAGCUUGUGGGGCCUACAAUGUAACCUUCCCUGCAGUUUUUAUAUUUAUCAGUGAGAGAAUAAGUUGCUUCUGCAUCGGGUCUUUGCGGAGCCUACGUAUGUGACAGGAAAUCAUCUCUGAACCCUACAACGUAACCUGACGUGCACCUCUCCAGAAAUGUAACUACACAUCAGGUCAAUGCAGCGCACGAGUAUUGUGAUUACCGCUUAAGGUUCAGAGGGGUUUCUGGUUACAUAAGUCAGCCCUGCAAUAAUUCAGGCCUAACAAUCAUUGUAUCAGUAAAAGGAAAAAUAACCACAGCAUCAAUAUAAGGAUUAGAUUGAUAAGGUCAGCAAAUUCCUAGAGGGAGAUUGCUGAAACUAUCAAAAUGGACAUGAGGGAAUGAACGAAGAAGUGGAAAAACUAGAGGGACAGAUACGUUUGCACCUGAAAAAAAGCUGACUGCAGCAAAGAGCGAGGACCCAUCAGAGGAAAAGUUCCAGCAUUUUAUUUGUUUUUAUCAGCCGGCACCGCAUAUAAAACACUGGGCCACAACCACACAGUAAUUAACACGUAAAUUAACACAGAUUUGCUACAUGGUGGUGUCUGUACCAUCCACAACACGACCACCUCUUCAACCACCUGAAGUUCAAACACUGCAGCCCUGCCAGUAUAACCAGUAUUUGCUGUGUCGGCCUGAAUAAUCCUGAUUUAGCCUGAAGCUGAACAUGUUUCCUGUUUGCUGGGGGCUGUAAUGGGCCAGCAUCCAUGUUCUUGGAUUGAGUUACUGUUUAGAAUACAUGUACAGGAUGUGAGCAAGUUUAUUUGGUCUAAAUAACUUGGUCCUAUUUCUUCUUAGUAUUAUUAGUCAUGA